AUGUCGAAGCGACGCUUGGCCUGUGAGCGCUGCCGGGACCAGAAACUCAAAUGUAUUCGGAGAGACGAGAAUAAUCUCGAGCCUUGUGUAAGAUGCCUACAAGCCCAGGCGGAGUGCAUUGUCAGUCUGCGAAAGACGCCGGGCCGUCCAGCAGGGCGCAAUAAUCCACCAAGUCAGCACUGUUCCACCCGGGAGCCGCAAGAGUCUCGAACCAAGAGCUUGGACAGCGGUAGGACAAUCGAUUCUGGAUUUGCCUCAGGAAAUGGAUCCAUCCUACCGGAAGAUCUCUUUGGGAUCGCCGCCACCUCUUUGGAUAGCGGCGGAAGUGACCCUGCUACGCUCUUCUCGCCCGUCUCCCCCCCGAUGUAUAUCCAAGAUUUUGCAGACUCCCGGUUCAAAUACCCCGACCCAGCGACGGACUUCCCUUUUCUAUGGGGCUCAUCAAGCGACUCAAGUGCCUUGAGUCGGUGCUCAUCGUUUCACUUGCUGGACCAAACCUACGACCCUGGAUUCCAACUACCGCGACUGCAACAACAACUCUCCAAACAAUUAUUUCUGCUCCGGUCAGUAUCAUGGGACAUUACAACGGUGAUGAAGCUGGAUUGCAGCCCGUGCAGUUGUCAAAGGCACCCAGGCGACGGAAGCCGAGAAUUCAACCCGCUCUCCAGCACGUUCGAGGUCAUCUCCGAGUUUGAGCAUCUCCUCAGUAUCGUAAGAAGUAGGCUGACCCACCAGGAGGGGAGCAGAACACCGGGGUUUGGCCAGGAAAUGAACGUCUCCUAUUCGUUAACUGCUAUGUCUUGUUACCUGCAGCUCGUCCUGAUAUACGAUUGCAUCUUUUCCUACGUCCUCGACCAGGCAUCCAACAACCCUGUGGUGAGAGAUUUCAUCCUGAAUUCAACGCCAAAUAUUUCGCUGGGGGGAUUCGUCCUCCCCUCCCCGAAGAAUGUUUUUGGUCGAUUAUUCGUACAACUCAUGCAGCUUAAAAUACGACCCAUUGAGUUUGCAUUGGGGCUUCCUCUGGAUUGCUGCGUCUCAGAGGAGCCAAAUUGCGAUAGUGUUUCCCGGAGACCAGGGCUUCUCGGCGGCAAACAGGGGGAGUCAAUCUUGGCGGCACUGAAAGGAUCCUGCUUGGAAGAAACGGACGAUACAAAGACCUUGGGGGUUAUAGAAGCAUUGAAAGAUAAAAUGACGAGAAUAGAAUUAUUUGAGUAG